AUCACAGGCCGACACUCCACUCGAUCAAAAUCCCUUCGUCGUCACCGUCCCCACCGAAACCGCAGUACCGUACCCGUGCCGACGCGAGCACGAUGGCCGCCGCGGCCUCCUACUUCACCGGGCCGACCAUCUUGCCGUCUCAGCGAGCCACCGCGGCGCCUGACAAUUCCGCCGUCGCCACCCCUUCUCUGGCUAAGUCGCGUGACCCCCGCUGCUCCGGAUGCUCUCCCACCACCGUGCGCCACAUCGCCCGCUCCUUCGCCGCCGCUGAUGCGACCAGUGGUGGCGACCCUGUCAUCUCUAUUGACGGCGUCGACGCCACCAAUGUUUGGCUUCUGGGGAGGGCGGUGAGCGUGAUGAACAUGGAGGCUGGCGUGUCAUUCACGCUCGAUGACGGCACCGGGCAGAUCGCGCUCAUGCGGUGGAUCACUGACGAUAUUGAUGCUAAGGAAGUGUCUUUCGUCCAGAAUGGUUUAUACCUCAAGGUUCAAGUUACUCUCGUAGGGUUUCAAGCUAAGCAGCAUGGUUUUGCUCACUCUAUUAGGCCUGUUACUAAUUUCAAUGAAUUGGCGCUGCACUUCAUUGAAUGUAUGUAUGUGCAUUUGGAAAAUGUCCGGCCAAAGAUGAAGGAUCAAUUCCCUCGUGCUGUUCAAGCAAAUGUGUCUGCUCACGAGAUGCAAGCUCAAGUCGCUCACACAGUUCAAACAAAUGUGCCUGCUUAUAUGCCCUUCUCUGGUGGAGUAAGAGAGCAUCACGUUGAUUUUGCUCCUGAAGUAAACCAAGGGCGAUUCCCUUCAUCACUUCAAACAAACGCAUCUACUCAUGCACCCUUUUCUGGUGGAGUUGGAGAACAGCAAGUUCACUUUACUCAACCCAACCAAUUUACUGGUGGACAACAGCACGAUCUGCAAAGUAUGGUUUUGGAGGUUAUGCAACAACCAGAUAUACUUGCACUUGAAAAUGGAGUACAUGUUGAUGAAGUGGCAAGGAGACUUGGAAUGCCAAGAGCACAAAUUAUGGCCAUUGCCCAGCGCCUGGUCGAUUUGGCCUGCCUCUAUUCCACUAUUGAUGAUUAUCAUUUCAAGUCUCUUUUAAAUGGUUGAUCAAUGUUAUCAUCUUCAAGACUAGUAUAAUGGCAUCUGGGAUUAUUGGCAGUUUUUAGGUACUGAAUAGCAUUCGUCUACAUGUUUUAAGUAUGCACAUCUAUUACAUGCAUUUUUUUCUUUGUACUGAACACCCGUUUUUUUAGCUGCUAAGCAAAUUAGUCAGACUGUCAGACAUGCAGAUCGAUUAGAAACUUGGAAUGUCAGAUCAUUGGCAUGCUGCAGUUGCUGGAUGGCUUUGUACUGUUUAUUUGUUUUUAUUCUACUA